AUGGCCCCCGAUAACACCAGUAUAACCCCAGGCUCUCGCUCUCGCUCUGUGACGACGGCCAUGCCUGCCAUGCCUGCCAUGCUGGCGUCGUAUUCCCCUCUGUCGCGCCUCAGCGAGGUCCCGACGAGCCCUCUCCAGCUGAGUCCCGGCAGUCCGCCGCUCGGAUCAGCAGAAAAUGGCAUCACUAGCACGGCACAGGGGCCACUCCGACAUCCUAAACCGCUGACACCCUCAGACCUUCAUUUGGUGCUGGAGAAGGAGCAAGAAGCAAUGGUCAACCGACUGACUCGAGAGCUGUCUCUUCUGCGGCAACAAACAGCCUCGGUAGCAUCGACUACAUCCUCCGCCUCGACAUUGAACGAGCCAUCCAGCGCAGACGGAGUACAGUCCUCUCCGCCCCUCGCCAGGUCCUCCUCACACUCAAACAGGUCGCGCCGGCACCGAUCCUCAUCCAGCCUCGGGUCCAAUGCCCAAGCCGCACAGGGUGCCAUGGCCGCCAACGUCGCGGGCAUCGCUCCCUGGCGCGAGACUAAUCUCCAUUCUUCCUCCCGAAACCACUCUGACCUGCCCCGCCGAGCGCGCAGUCGCGAGCCAUCGCUCACAACAUCUCGGCGCCCAUCUGUCAGCUCACUUACUUCCUUCCCGCAAUACCAGCACAACAACGACCCUCACAUUCCUUAUUACGGGAAUAGUCCUUCAAUCUACCCGUAUCGCAACUCGAUCUCGCAGCCGCAGUCCGGUGCUCCCGCCUCGAAUCCCAUGGCACGCUACGAGGAGGCCGCGCACCAUAAGUCGGAGCUGGAUGUCAUCAAGCGUGAGAAUGACCAGCUGCGGAAACGGGUAAGGGAGCUGGAAGGCACCUUGAAAAAGUACAAGGAGCUUGAUUCGUUGCCGGGGGGAACUGACUCAGGGUUAUCUGCGUCAGCGUCGUCGGAGGUGCGCUUGCUGAUUGAUUCAUGA